AUGGCAGCCAAUCUCGGGGAGAGAUCGCUAGCUGAUGUGCACCAAGAGGGACUGGAUGAGAUCCUCUCUGGGUUGGUCCACUUUAAUGCUGGUUACUCAAGCCAUGAUACACAUUUAUCAGGCGUGCCCACUCUGGACACUUUGCUUGAACUCUUUGCGCCGAAAGCACUUGCCGUGUCAGAUGCUGUGAACGAUGGACAACCUCGAUCUCUAAGUGAGAAGACCACUGACCACGCGGAAAUGCUGCUGCAAAAUAAAUUCUCGGCUGGUCAGGUUUGUAGGCCGGAUGAAAUCCAUGCAGCGCAAGACGUUGACCCAUCUGCCAAUGUGUCGUUCUCAGAAAAAGAGGGUAGCAAGAAACAGCAAGUUCCUAUUGUGGAGAUUUCAAGCAGCCUGUCGGCUUCAGGGAAGUCACAACUACUGUACUAUCUCACGGCUAUCGCUAUCUUACCUCGAAAAUUUGGGGAGAUCUCAGUCGGUGGCCAAGAGGCAGCUGUGGUAUUCAUAGAUACCGACGACCGAUUUAAUGCCGAUAGACUAAGGAUCGUGGCUCGAGGAAUCGUACUGCAGCAACGAGGACUAUCUGAAUCAAGUCUUGGGGCUCAAGCUCAACCAGGAGGAACGUCAGAUCAUCAUCUGGAAUCAAUGCUUGUCUCUUCACUGCAGCAUGUCCAUGUCUUUCGGCCGCAGUCUUCAUCCGCUCUUUUGGCCACGAUCCAUACGCUAGAUUCGUACCUUUUCGACCUCUCGCGACAUUAUUCCGCAUCACGUCAAUUGCAAAUGAUCGCCGUUGACAGUGCUACGGCCUUCUUCUGGCAGGACCGGCUGCGUGACGAAGUCGCUCGGACCGAAGAAAUCGGGCGUCCUCAGAUAGAAAUUGAUUCUGAGCGCAAGAAAAAACAAAGUUUCCAUUUGUCAGACCUCUACACCGAGCUGGUGAGAGAGCUGAAGGGUCUGCAGAGUCACUUUCAGUGUGCAAUUGUGUAUACCGCAACGAUCUCAGGAGGUCGGGCUUCUGGCCCUAGUUACUACGACCAGUCCCAGGGUCUUGUUCCAUCCCUAAGACCGGCUCUUCCUGCACCAUGGGGCACUUUUCCGACAUUGCGUCUAAUUGUGCACCGGUCUUCUGUUCGCCCAUUUUCACCGAGUAUGGCCGCUCAUGUAGCCGUGCAAGACGCCCCUUCACGGCAGAGCGUGGUUCAGCAAGGGAAGAUAUCGGCAUGGGUCAAUCCGUGGGGGCGUGAUGAAUGGCCUCGUCGUAUAGUGGAAGCAAUCGAGGAGAAUAAUGGUGGGAGCUUUUCAUUUUACGUGUGUGACUCUGGGGUUGAGAUGACUGAUCCCAAUCGUUGA